AUGUCGGGGCCCAAUGCUAAGAUUGGAAUGAAAGUGAAGGUUGUUGAGAAAGGCCUAAUGGGAACUGUGGCUUAUGUCGGAUCGACUGACUCGACUUUGUUUGCGUCAGGAAAGUGGAUCGGAGUUAUUUUAGAUGAAGCAAACGGAGAAAACGACGGUUCAGUGCAGGGAAAAGAGUAUUUCAAAUGUGCUGAGAACCAUGGAAUCUUUGUGGACCAGUCCCAAAUAGAAAUUCUUCAGGAUGUGCAAACCUCCCUAUUGCCACCUAGUGGAUUGUUAACCUGCAGUAGCAUUGGUGGAGGUACUUCCAUUCCUUUACCAUCAUCAAUGAGAAGAGAGAAGGUUGAUACUGCACAAGGAGUGGAGGAAACAGUGAAAACUCUCACUGAUAAGAAUAGGAAGUUGGAACAAGAACUUGAUACUCUGAGGGAGUAUAAUGCUUACUUGGUUGAUACUGCACAAGGAGUGGAGGAAACAGUGGAAACUCUCACUGAUAACAAUAGGAAGUUGGAAAAAGAAAUUGAUUCUCUGAGUGAGACUGUGCUUGACAUGGUUGAUACUGCACAAGGAGUGGAGGAAACAGUGAAAACUCUCACUGAUAAGAAUAGGAAGUUGGAACAAGAACUUGAUACUCUGAGGGAGUAUAAUGCUUACUUGGUUGAUACUGCACAAGGAGUGGAGAAAACAGUGGAAACUCUCACUGAUAACAAUAGGAAGUUGGAACAAGAACUUGAUACUCUGACGGGGAAUAAUGCUUACUUGAAAACUCUCAUGGAUUUGAACAAGGAACUUGAGGAAUCUUACCUUCAAGCUGAAUAUGACUUAAAAGAAGAACUAGAAAUGAGAAACAGUAAAGUUCGUGAGAUGGAACUUAAACUAAAGACAACUCAGGAAACUAAUGAAGAACUGGAGGCUAAACUGCAGAAAGCUCUCAUGGAUUUGAACAAGGAACUUGUAGAAAAUCACCUCUGUGUGUGUUUGGUCAUGGCUGCAGCCGACACAAGUGAAAAGAAGAUUGCUCAGUAA